AGUGAAGGAGACCAGAAGACAGGUUUCCUAUUCUUGGACUCAGUUUAGUUUGUGAGAUUGAUGGAACUCUUGCCAGAACCUCAACUUUAAAUCAAGAUUGUCAAAUAAUUGUAUGAUUUUUCUUUCUUUUAGCAGCCAAAGAAUGUCUUCAGGACUUUAAAAUUUUUAAAAAUAUGCUUCAGGUCUUUGAAAAAUACCUGUAGACACGCAUCUUUCGUAAGGUUCACUUUCCAGACACAGAAAGAGCAGAAUGGCUAAAUAAGACUGUAAAACACAUGUGGCCUUUUAUUUGCCAAUUUAUAGAGAAGUUGUUUCGAGAAACCAUAGAGCCAGCUGUGCGGGGAGCAAACACCCACCUUAGCACCUUUAGUUUCACAAGAGUCGACAUGGGUCAGCAGCCCCUCAGGAUCAAUGGUGUCAAGGUGUACACUGAAAAUGUGGACAAAAGGCAGAUUAUUUUGGACCUUCAGAUCAGUUUUGUAGGAAAUUGUGAGAUUGAUUUGGAGAUCAAGCGAUAUUUUUGUAGAGCCGGUGUGCAAAGUAUACAGAUUCAUGGCACCAUGCGGGUGAUCCUGGAACCACUGAUUGGAGACAUGCCCUUGGUGGGAGCCCUGUCCAUUUUCUUCCUCAGGAAGCCACUUUUAGAAAUCAACUGGACAGGACUGACUAAUCUCCUUGAUGUCCCUGGAUUGAAUGGUUUAUCAGAUACUAUCAUUUCGGAUAUGAUAUCAAACUAUCUGGUGCUUCCCAAUCGAAUCACUGUUCCUCUCGUCAGCGAUGUUCAAAUAGCCCAGUUGCGGUUUCCGAUACCAAAGGGUGUUCUCAGGAUACACUUUAUUGAAGCCCAGGACCUCCAAGGGAAGGACACUUACCUUAAGGGACUUGUCAAGGGGAAGUCAGACCCCUAUGGAGUAAUUCGAGUUGGCAACCAGAUCUUCCAAAGCAAGGUCAUCAAAGAGAACCUGAGUCCCAGGUGGAACGAGGUGUACGAGGCCUUGGUGUAUGAACAUCCUGGACAGGAAUUAGAGAUUGAGCUCUUUGAUGAAGAUCCAGACAAGGACGACUUUCUAGGAAGUCUCAUGAUCGACCUGACCGAAGUGGAAAAGGAGCGCCUCCUAGACGAAUGGUUCACCCUGGACGAGGUCCCCAGAGGGAAGCUGCACCUGAAACUGGAGUGGCUCACACUGAUGCCACACGCGGCCCACCUGGACCAGGUGCUAACAGACAUCAGAGCUGACAAAGACCAAGCCAACGAUGGCCUGUCCUCCUCCUUGCUGAUCUUGUAUUUGGAUUCAGCGAGGAACCUCCCGAGUAACCCAUUAGAAUUUAACCCCGAUGUCUUGAAGAAGACCGCGGUUCAGAAAGCCUUAAAGUCCGGGAAGAAAAUAAACAGCAACCCCAACCCUCUUGUGCGGAUGUCAGUUGGGCACAAGGCCCAGGAGAGCAAGAUUCGGUACAAAACCAAUGAACCUGUGUGGGAGGAAAACUUCACUUUCUUCAUUCACAAUCCCAAGCAACAGGACCUUGAAGUCGAGGUCAAAGAUGAACAGCAUCAGUGUUCCCUGGGAAGUCUGAAGAUCCCUCUCAGUCGGCUGCUCAGUAGUGAUGACAUGACUGUGAACCAACGAUUCCAACUCAGUAAUUCAGGUCCAAACAGCACUCUGAAGAUGAAGAUCGCCCUGCGGGUACUUCACCUCGAAAAGCAGGAAAGAUCUCCAGACCACCAACACUCAGCACAAGUAAAGCGACCCUCCGUUUCCAAAGGAGGGAGAAAAGUGUCUGUGAAGUCUCAGAUGUCCGCUUCUCCAGGCGCUGGUGACAGCAGCCCAGCCCCAUCCACCCCAGUCACUGGGGGCGGUGCGAAGCCUGGUGUGGAAGAGAGAGCCCAGCCCGGAGAGGCCAGUCCUCAGGGGCCUCGAGAUCUGGGCAGAAGCUCCUCCAGCCUCCAGACCGGUGCCACCUACUCCCCCAGCCACAUCUUCGUCAAGGAGCCCACCCCCAGCAUAGCCUCGGACAUAUCGCUGCCCAUCGCCACGCAGGAGCUUCGGCAGAGGCUGCGGCAGCUGGAGAAUGGGACGACGCUGGGACAGUCGCCCCUGGGGCAGAUCCAGCUGACGAUCCGGCACAGCUCGCAGAGGAACAAGCUGGUGGUGGUCGUGCACGCCUGCAGAAAUCUCAUUGCCUUCUCUGAGGACGGCUCCGACCCCUACGUCCGCAUGUAUCUGUUACCAGACAAGAGGAGGUCAGGAAGGAGAAAAACACACGUGUCGAAGAAAACACUGAACCCCGUGUUUGAUCAGAGCUUUGAUUUCAGCGUCUCGUUACCAGAAGUGCAGAGGAGAACGCUGGACGUCGCCGUGAAGAACAGUGGUGGCUUCCUGUCCAAAGACAAAGGGCUUCUUGGAAAAGUGCUGGUUGCUCUGGCAUCUGAAGAACUCGCCAAAGGCUGGACCCAGUGGUACGACCUCACAGAAGAUGGGACGAGACCACACGUGGUGACAUAGGACGAGCUGGCCUGAGGGCUCCUGUGUCUACCCUGCUCCGCGAGCUCACAAGACGCCCUGCCCCCUGUACCAAGGCUAUUUUUAUACUCCAUGUUCUUCCCUAGACAUACCUUAAUGGUUUUAUAAAACGUGGACAUUUUAGGCGUAUUUGGCCGAUGUUAUUGUGAGUGUUGUGUGUUUGACUGCCUCUGUGUGCACCGUCAGGACCGUGCACAGCAGGGCAGAGGCACUGCUGUGCCGCGCUGUCGGGAGGCAGGUAUGUGUCUGUGCUUGUUGUUGCCUUAUUUUGAAUAUCACUGAGGCACACCGUGCCAUGUAAAUAGACUCUAUUUUUUAUAAUCUCUACAUGCCGGUUGGAAUUCAGAAGAAAAUGGUUUAAGGAAAUAUAUAUAUUUUUCUUCUAAAACUUAUUAAAUUCUUAUGACAAGUAAUCAUUUUUGUCUUUGCAGGAAAAAGUUCUCAGUGAUAUUUUACGCUGUUUCUUUUUAAAAAGAAAAGGUGAAAGAUUAUUAAAUAUUAGUAUAUCUCUGCCCAUUAUCAAUGAAAGAAGUAUUCAAAAUAUUAACACUUUUAUAACUAUAAAGAUGUAUUAUUGAGAAGUUGACUGAAGUGCUUAUAAGGAAAAAGGUUAUAUAGCUAAGUUCAUAGAACAUUAAGAGAAUUAUCAUGGUUCAUAAGUCACAUUGUACUAAUUUGAAAUGUCUUACAUAAAAUGAAAAUGUCAGUUCUUUUGA